AUGGUAAAACUUGAAGGAAUUAUCGCUGCUGUACCCACUCCUCUCACUGCUGACGGAAAGUCAGUCGAUCUUCCUAACAUUGCAAAACAAGUUGAAAGAUUCGUUGAUGGUGGACUUCAUGGUAUUGUUACUACUGGGACAACUGGUGAAUUUCCAUCUUUGACCAUCGAGGAACAUAAAAGCGUUAUCAAAGCUUAUAUUGAUGCCGCAAAAGGAAGACUAACAGUUAUUGCAGGAUUUGGAAGUAAUAGUACUGACCGUGCAAUUGAGCUAGCUCAAUUUGCUGAAAAGUCAGGUGCUGAUGCCCUUAUGAUUGUUCCACCAUUUUAUGACCCACUCCCAUUCAAAGCCCUUUACAAGUUUUAUGAAGAUGUUUGUGGAUCGGUUCAAAUUCCGAUUAUGUACUACAACUUACCAGGGGCCACUGGUGUUCAUCUUAGUGCAGAACAAAUUAGAAAAUUAGGUGAAAUCGAAGGGUUUGACUACUUGAAGGAUACUUCCGGUAACGCUAAGGAACACGCAGAUCUUCUUACAAAUCCAGUUGAUAACAUCACUAUAUUCAAUGGCUGGGAUACUUUGAGUUUCUUUUCAAUGGCUCAUGGGGUACAGGCUAAUGUUUGGGGAGUUGCAUCGAUAGUCCCAAAAGAAUGCGUUGAAUUCUGGAACACCCUCACUAUAGAGAAGGACCUUGAAAAAGCCAGAGAACAAUGGAAAUUUCUUUGGGCUGUCAGCGAUUUCUUGGAAGGUGUUAACUACCCAGCAGGCAUCAAAGCAGGUCUCGAUAUCAUUGAUGAAUCUGCAGGCCCAGUUAGACUUCCAACACUUCCUUUAGAGAAAGAAGAAAUUGAGAGGUUUACAAAGAUCCUUGAAAGUAGAAAGUAUAAGUAA